AUGCCGGAGGAUCCGGAAACGUUCCUCGCACUUCUGGAAUCGCGAUUCCAUUUUUUACAUGAAUAUUUACAUAUUUACAUAAAUAUCCCUGUGCACAACCCGUACGACGUGCUCAAAGAAGCACUUCUUCGUCGUAUGGCAGUUUCAGAAGAGAAGCGCAUCCACCUCCUCUUGUCAGGGAUCCAAUUGGGAAACUUCAAGACGUCCCAGUUGUUGCGUCAAAUGCGUGCGUUAGUCGGCAACACCACACUGGACGACUCCGUACUACGCCAGAUUUGGCUUCAACGGCUUCCACCAUACGUCCAGAGUAUUCUGAAUGUUUUCGCACACGCCCAUAGUCUAGACAAACUAGCACAGACUGCUAACCAAGCAAUGGAGCAGGCUCAACUUUUCUAG